GACAGCAGGGGUUCUGUACACUAUCGUAUUAGCACCACCACUGCAGCCAAAGAAACCUCUCUACAGCAACGCUGUCAUGGUUGUGGACAAAAAAACAUCACAGAUUUUCUGCAUCACCACUCUCCUCUUCACGGGUGUACUAGGCCUACAUGGACAUUACUUCUCGGACAGAUAUAUCUAUGCAGCUGCUGGAGGUCAUGUGUCCUUGCCAUGUACGGGCAUGCUUAUACCUGGUUGCCGUGACACCGUAUGGAACUACAGCAGCCCACAAGGUGAAACAGUUGAGGUGGUGACAGUUGGGAAGGUCAGAACAGACAUCACAAAGAGAGCUGGGAAAAUGAGCGUUGAUGAAGACUGCACACUGAACAUUGCUAAUGUCACCGCUGAAGAUACUGGAGAAUACUAUUGUGGUCCAGGGGGUGGAGAGACUUAUCUCUCCGUCUUAGACAUCUCUGCAUCUCCAUCAAUCUCUAACAAUGGGACGGACGGUGAUGUCACUCUCUCCUGCCACUUGCAUACCCAUGAGGGCUGUGAAAGAGGCUCUUCUACUGACAAGAUUCAUCUGAGCUGGAUAGAUGAGGAAGGCUUUCCACUGCAAGAAUCUGCUGACCGCCAGAUCCAAAACCCAUCUGCCUGUCACACCACACUCAAAGAGUCGCACCUUUACCAAAGGGAGAAGACAUGGAGGUGCCAACUGACCACCAGAUGGGGAUGGCUUAAAAUUGUAGCCACGUACACAAUGUUAGCAACUCCUACCCCAGAUCCAACCGAAGGGUCCGCGGGAUUUACGAUGGAAUCUGACGAAUUGAAAAAAUCAAAGGAAGGGAAAUCCACAGCAUCUUUAGGUACAGUCACAAACUUUCUCUGA